ACCACAGAAUAAGAGCGGGAGGUGGAGACUGUAGAGCCAGGGCCGGGUCUGCUUUGCAACUUAUCUGUUACAGAAACAAACCUUAUAAAUUCAUCCCUCCAAUUCCAUGGUUGUUGAUGAUGAUGAAUAAUGUGGGCAGUUGGUAGAUAGUGCAUCCCCCGUCAGAAACCAUUUCGAAUCUCAUACUUUUUUCUUUUUGUAUAAUGCGUGUGAAUUGAGAACUUAGAUUAACAGAGAAGAAAGAAUUUUCAUUAUAAUUUAUUUUGGUCGACGCCUCUGCCAUGGCUUCCAUAGCGAAACCACCUCAACUUGCUAACCUUCAGAUAUAUUCCUUCUCUUCUCACCACUGCCUCGUGACUUUAUCUUUUCCUUUUCGCUCAACGACGUCUCUUCUUCACACUCGUUUAAGCGCCAUUAAGACUGGGUCAGACGGUGGUCGUAGUAGAAUCGAAAGACAAGAAGUGUUCGGCCCGGAUUUGCUGAGGAAGCCGUCCGUGUCUCCGAUAAGGGACUUGUCUGGAAUUCCGGAGGAAGCGGAGGAGGAGGAGGAGGAAAAUGAGCGGAAGAGGAUUUAUGAGGACCACGAAGAUGAGGAAAAGUGGGUGGAUUGGGAGGACAAGAUUUUGGAAGACACUGUUCCUCUGGUUGGCUUUGUUAGGAUGCUUAUUCAUUCUGGAAGAUACCAAAGCGGAGAUAGGUUAAGUCCUGAGCAUGAGAAAAUCGUUGUUGAGAAGUUGCUCCCCUUCCAUCCAGAGUGUGAGAAGAAGAUUGGAUGUGGAAUCGAUUAUAUUACCGUUGGUUAUCAUCCUGAUUUUGAAAGAUCACGAUGUUUGUUCAUAGUUCAAAAGGAUGGAAGCUUGGUUGACUUUUCAUAUUGGAAAUGCAUUAAGGGCCUGAUCAGGAAGAACUAUCCUUUAUACGCUGAUAGCUUCAUUCUCAGGCAUUUCCGACAACGCCAAAAGCGUGGAUUAUGAAGUUAGAAUAAUCAUCUUCCCUGUUAACCAUGUGCUAUUAAAUGAGAAAAGGUAAAGGAAAAAUGAAAUGAAAAAUUCUUGCUGCAAUAUCUCAUUCUUUUAGCGCUGGGAAUUAGAAGGUAGACUACUUAAAUAAAUAUAUAUAUAUAUAUAUAUAUUUUCGAGUUGGAAGAACUUGUACGUUUGAAGUUUUGUUAAUGCGAUCAAUAGAUAUUACGAUUUGCUGCAAUUAUUCCCAGUAUGAAUAUAUGAAUGUUUCAUA